GUUACAUUUUGGAACUUCAAAUGUACCGCUAUAAAUCGCGCAAUGUGUAAUCGAUACUGCCCUUGCGCCCAAUCGAGCCAAUCGAUAACCGGCGAAUGCACAUCUCAUUCCAAUUGGAGUACGCCUGCUGCUAUCGAUAUCUAAUCACAAAACACAAUAAACUAAAAACAAAAGUGGCUAACUAACUUGUUAAAGAAAGCAAGCAGCAGAGGAAAGGCGCAAUUGACUCGGGGCACGACUGGCAAAACCAAUAAUUGCAAAAAAGAGGGCGCGCGCGGUGGGCCGAGGAACAAUUGCGUGGCGUGCUAACAGACGAGUGCGAGCGAGAGGGCCGAUGCCCCUGCCCAAAUAGAAUUCCAUAUUUUUUCCGGCAGGUAAAAAAAGGUGAACAAGUCGAUUUUUCCGGAGGACACCGCCUGCGGCUCCGCGACAAGGACGAUGGCCAGCGAGCCGGAGAACAAGCCGCCCAUCCUGCACAUCCUGGUGGUGGGCUUCCACCACAAGCUGGGCUGCCAGGUGGAGUUCUCCCAUCCGCCGCUCAUCUCGGGCUCCACGGGCCGCCACGAGUGUCCCUCCGGCUGGAAGUACCUGCCCACCUUGGCGCUGCCCGAUGGGUCGCACAACUUUGCCGAGGACACGGUCUUCUUCAAUCUGCCCAGCCUGUACGAGCCCGCCGCCAGCAUCUACGGGGUUUCCUGCUACCGGCAGGUCCGAGUGGAGAAGCUGAAGAUCAGGACGGCGGAUCUCACGCGCAGCACCGUCCAGAAGUCCGUCUGCAUCCUGGCCCGCCUGCCCAUCUACGGGUACAUCGAGGUGAAGCUGGCCCUGAUCGCCGACGCCUUCUUCGACCAGGGCGACUUCUCCGGCACCGAGCUGCUGGUGAAGGCCUAUCAGCAGCUGAACGCCUGCCUGCUGGACGACGAGUCGCGCCGCCCGCUGCGCCACUUCCAUGUGGGCCUGUCGCUGCGCGAGAUAGUGCUCCACUGGCGCCACAAGGCGCUGAUGCUCUUCAAGCUCCUGCUCCUGCAGCGCCGCGUCGUCUGCUUCGGCUCGCCGGUGCGCCAGAUGUGCGUCCUCAUCCUGGGCAUGGCCUCGCUGGUGCCGCGCCUGCUGGAGAAGGGCUUCCAGGAGGUGGCCUGUGUGCGCACCUCGCGGCCGCUCUCCCCCAUGCCGGAUUUCACCGACUCGCUGCAGCGGGAGGCGCAGGCGGAGGCGGAACUGGAGGUGGCUGCGGUAUCGGUGCCAGCGGGGAAUUUGUCUGCCGAGGAGCAGAAACUUACGCCGGAAAGCGCCACGGCGGCGGAGGGGGAGGGGGAGCCCGAGGACCUGGCCCUCGUCUCGUCCGCCGCCUCGGUGGGCGAGGAGCAGGCCAGCGGCGACGACACCUCGCCGCGCUCCACGCCCAACUCGCAGUCGCAGGACUCGUCGAACGGCAGGAACAGCUCGCUGACCAGGGAGGCCAGCGUGGACACAUUGGCGUCCAACCUCGCCGCCUUGUGUGCCGUGAAUCCGGACGAGUAUCGGGCUCCAGUCAGCAUCUUCGCCAGCGGCAAUCUCUGCCUGCCGUAUCUGUCGCUGCCGUACAUGGACCUGCUCAGCGAUCCCAUGGUGCUCUCCUACGUCAUCGGCACCUCCAACGUGCUGUUCCAGCAGAAGCGUCAGCUGGCCGACGUCCUGGUGGACAUCGAGGCGGCCAACCUGGAUGCCCACGAUCCGGAGCUCAGGCGCCAGCUGGUGCUGAGCACCGAGGACCUGCGCUACAUGGACUACAUCAUGAAGCACGUGCAGUCGCCGAAGGAGGAUGCCGAGGGCAGCGAGUACUGGAUUCGGGAGCAGUUCCAGGGCUACAUCCUGGCCCUCCUGCGCACUGCGGUGGCUCCAGAUGCCACGGCCAAGGAAAACGAUCACUUCAAUGCGCACUUCAUGGCCGCCUUCAAGCGCACCCAGUGCUUCCAGGAGUGGUACGACGUGAGGCCCGAGCCAGAGUUCUUCGAUGCCCUGCCCACUGGUCAUCCCUUUGCCGGCACUUUGUCCGUGGCGGACAUGAAGCUAAAGCUGGCGCAAACCAUGCAGAACAGCGAGAGCGGGCGAAAGAUCAACCAGGCGGUGAACACGACGAGUCGGGCGGUGGGCGGUGCCAUCUCGCAGGCCAAGGGCGCCUUCUCCAGCUGGUGGUCAUCCAUAACGACGGCCCCGCCAAAUGCCAGCGCUGCGCCCGCGACAGGCGCCAAUGGCCAGGAGGGCGACGCGGGCGAGGGAGCUGCCGCAAGCCAAGAGAUCUCAGUUACAUUCCAGAACCACAAGGACGCCGAGGACGUCAGCAUCCACCUGGCCGGCCAGGAAGAGGCGCACGAGUCGCAUGAGUCGCACAAUGCCAGCUGCGAGCAGCCGCAGGGCAUUGUGGAGAUCGGACGCGAGGCGGAGCUGUUGGACAAGGCCGAUCGGCAGCCGGAGGAAGAGGAGGCCAAGAUCUCGGCCAUUCGGCCCGGUUGUGGCGGCGAUGUGGCCACCUCCGCCGUGGAGCGCAGCAGCGGCGAUGUCUUCAUCGUCUGAGGACGUCGGACGUCGGCACUAACGAGCAUUGUAUAAAAUCGCACUAAGCUAAAUGAUAAUUAUUUAUUACGCAACAUAUUGUCUCAGUCUCAACGUUGAAUUUAUAUCCUCGUACUCGUACUCACCCCUUUGUACACCUAUAUUUUAGAGCCAGUUGACUUGUGGCACAGAGAAUUGUAUGGACAAUUUGAGACCAUAUUCAUUAGUUGCACAAUCUCUAAACAGGAAAACUGAUUUGUUGUUUUGAUUUGUUAUUAAAAUCCACACUUUUGUCUAUAUAGAGUAUGUAUGGUAAACUCUUGAAGAUUCCAAAUAAAUUGUGAAAAAUAGAAGCGUAGGGAUUACAAUCUAUGGACAAUUUGAGACCAUAUUCAUUAG